AUGGCCAAGCUCUUUAUUGGAGGCCUUGCCUGGCAUACCGACGACCAGACUUUGCGCUCAAAGUUUGAGGAGUUCGGCCCAGUCGAAGAAGCUGUUGUCGUCAAGGACCGCGAUACUGGUCGCAGCCGAGGCUUUGGCUUUGUCCGCUAUGCCCAGGAGACUGAGGCCGAUGCUGCCAUGCAAGCCAUGAACAACGAGGAGUUCGACGGACGUAGGAUCCGUGUCGACAAGGCCUCCGACCGCCCUGGUGGUGGUGGUGGCGGCGGUGCUCCCCGAGGCGGCGGCUAUGGAGGCGGAGGCGGAUACCGCGGAGGUUACGGUGGAGGACAAGGCUAUGGUGGAGGCGGCGGCCGUGAAGGGUACGGCGGCGGCGGUGGCGGCAACUGGGGCCCUUCACAAGGCGGCGGCGGCGGCUACCAAUCUCGCGGUGGCUACGGCGGUGGUGGCCAGGGAGGAGGCUAUGGCGGACAAGAAGGCGGCCAAGGCCAGCAGCAAUGGUAG